UCGUAUUCGAAUCCCAACUUAUACUUUAAUUUACUUCAUUUGCUUCCUUAGAAAUUAAUAUUCUCUCUGUUACAUGCCGUGUUCUCUGAUUUUUUCGACUUUAAUGUCAAAAUUGGAGGAGCCGGUGGGGUAGAAACUGGUUUUGGUUUCUGGGUAUCAAUCAGAAAUCUCAGCAGGAGGUCUUGUUCUAGCUGUCGUUGCGAAGAAUUCUUUGUAUUCUUGUCUUCGGAAUUAUUAGUGAAGCCUCGAUAAGCUCAUCUCAUGAGAUCAGGAUCUUUGAGGAGAAGACUCCAUCAUGGAGAUGUUGAUGGGAGAGGGAAUGAACAUCUGGAAACAUCAGGAUUGGAAAGCCUAAGUGAGCCCUUACUAGGGAACUCUGACUAUGACAGUAGGCCCACAGAGGUAUACACUCUAGAAGAUCUUUGGGAAGCUGAAAGAAGAAAGGAACGCCUCCACUGGACUUUUUUUUUUUCCCAGUUGAUUGCUCAAUGGGCACAAUGGUUGGCAAAUAUUGUCCUUGGAUCUGGAUCACUUCUUGGAAGGUUUAUAACUCUCCCUUCUGGCUCUCAUAAUGGACAUGAUUGGAGGAUUAGUCCUUUACAAGAAGAAAGACUCAGAAAUAUACAGCAAAGAUUGGAAGUAUCUUUUGAUGGCUCUCAUUUGGAACAUCAAGAUGCACUUAAACAACUAUGGAGGUUAGCUUAUCCUGAUAGAGAACUCCCAUCUCUUAAAUCGGAGCUUUGGAAGGAUAUGGGUUGGCAAGGUCCAGAUCCUUCAACAGAUUUUAGGGGUGGUGGAUUUAUUUCAUUGGAGAAUCUGAUCUUCUUUGCGGGGAAAUAUCCGGAUGCGUUUCAAAAGCUGUUGCACAAAAAAAAAGGAAAAAGAGCUGAGUGGGAGUAUCCUUUUGCAGUAGCAGGCAUCAAUAUAUCUUUUAUGUUGGUUCAAAUGUUGGAUUUGCAAUCAGGAAAGCCAACAUCUCUGGCGGGAAUCCGGUUCUUAGAUUUUCUAAGAGAAGAUGAAAUGGCUUUUGAUAAUCUUUUCUGUGUUGCGUUUGAGAUGAUGGAUGCCCAAUGGCUUGCAAAACGUGCUACUUACAUGGAAUUCAAUGAGGUUCUGAAGUCCACAAGAACACAGUUGGAGCGUGAGCUUGCUCUCGAAGAUGUCACCAAUGUGAAGGACUUACCUGCAUACAACUUGUUGAAAUGGUAGCCAGCCACUUUUUGUCUGGCUUAUGAAGGUAUAAAACAUUUUAACCUCUGUAAUAUAUGAAGAUUUUAAUUCAGCUUGAUGUUUUCCCAUGAUAUAUUAUAUUUAUGUGAGAAUGUUUUUAGUUCAAUUACCAUAACCCCAUUUUAAUCUGUAAAUGACUACAUUAUAAAAGAAAAAUUCCCUAUUGAGUUUCCAUCAG